GCGUGGCCUGCGGCGCCCCCAGCCCCGCCCCCGCCGAGCUCCGCGCUCCGCCCUGCCCCGCGCGCUGCGCGCCCGCCGCCGCCGCCGCCGCAGCGAUGUCGGGCCGGGCCGCCCGGCCGCAGGUGCCGCGCAGCGGAGCCGAAUCCGUCCCUCCCGAUGAAAAAGACGUAGACACCUGCGGCGCUGAUGGCAACGGAUCUGCCGACGAGCAUAAAUCAGGAGAAGACAGCUCUGCCAGCAACUCCAGCAGCAGCUCGGGAGAUGAGUCAGAUCCUGAGGAGUCGGAUGUAAGAAAGUCGGAUGAAGAACAAGAAAAGGAAGAGUCACCGCCACGCUGCAACGGAUCAGGAGCCAACUCCCUGCUGCACUGUGAGCACUGCAGGAACGAAGACGUCCAGAAGGAGCAGGUGAUGCCGAGGAGACUCUCUGGAGAGCAGUACUUGCUGCGGCUGGAGGGCGAGGGCGCUUUCCAGUGCAGUGCCACGGGGCUGAUCUUCGAGGCGACGGCAGCGGCGUCCGUGCGAUACUCAGUGCUGUCGUGGAGCAAGUACGCGGCGCUGGUGGGAGACGGCUGGCUGGCGGGCGGCCCCCUCUUUGACGUCCACUGCACUCCGGCCGCGGCGCUGGCCGCCAUCGGCUUCCCCCACGCGCUCUGCCUCGGCGGCGGGGACGCGCAGCCGGCCUUCAAGGUGCUGCACGUGACGGCGGGCGGCAGCGCGGCGCUGGAGGCGCCGGCCGAGUGCUCGGCCUCGCACGUGAGGUGGCUGGUGAGCUCCCUGUCGCCCGUGGGGCCCCUGCUGCGCGCCGAGGAGCCCCUGCUCUACCACGGCGCCGUCGUCCUCUACAAGGUCCUCGACGGGCACCCCUCCCUCUCCUUCCGCGUCUACGUGGCCACCAACAACGACUCCUUCAUCAAGGACAUAGCGAGGGCGGUGAAGCACUCCAGCAAGAAGUUCGUUAAAAUCGACAAGCCGCCCGUCUGUCAGAAGCUGCUGCAGAAGGGAAAGAGGUACCGCCUGCUCUGCGAGCCCGAAGCCGAGGUGACUCCGGAGGAGAUCGAGUUUGUGGACGGAUCCCUCCUGAAGCUGAAGAGCUACAUCGAGGUCUAUCUGGAGAAGCCGGAUGACUUGACCUUGUCCUUGGUGGAGCUGGAGUCCGACGCGGUCGUGUGGAAGGCGAAGCUGAGGGAGAGUGACUGGAUACAUCACGAUCAGAACAGGAACGAGCAGAAGAGGAGCGCAGUCGGUACCAAAAGACGGAAGUCCACCCACAGCUUCUCUGAAGACGAGGAAUACUGCUGGAAAAAGCGGAAGGGCAGCGAUACUGCAGAUGGCGUUAAAGCGAAAAGCUUGCUGACUGACCAGCAGCUCAUGGCGAUCGCCAAGAGGUUUGGCAGAGAGUGGAAAGAAAUUGCCAUCGAGUGUCUUCAGCUAGAAAUGAAAGACAUUCAUCAGAUUCAGGCAAAGGAGGAGGAAGUCAAUAUUCAUAAGUUUCUGAUGCUAAGCAAGUGGAGAGACAGAGAACAGAGCAACGGGACGGCACAAAGUCUCUACGACAGUCUCAAGGAUAAGGUGUCGUAUGACGUAGUCGAAGUACUGGAAGGUUUUUUGGCUCAGUGACGUAUUUGUGAAGCAGCUAAAAAGAGAAAACUCAGGAACGUUCCUCAGCCAAAUUCUUCAACUUUUCCAGCCGUUUACCAGGGAUUUCGGUGUAUUUCUGUUAUGAAGAUACAAGCCCUAAUCAGUCAGCGGAAAGUUUAGGCAAAAUCUUCGAAAGACAUGGGUAUGAAAUUUUACACUGAUGUAAGUGAAUUGACUGUUUUCAGGAGUAAUUACUCAUCUUUCAGAUACCAGUCAUCGUAACUGUCUCGUCAAGAUAGAAGUGCCAGUCUCGGUGAAUUUGAAACUUAAAACUUCCACUGAAUUUUGUCUCAGUUGAGCCGAUCCUAAAAGAUAAGAGCACUCAGCGAAAUCUGUUUACCUUUUCUAUAUAUGGGAUUUUUAUCUUGAAGCAGCUUUAUUUGAAUCAGGGAAAGACAGGGGGAGAAAAGUUUUACAGAAGCUUUCAUCACCUUGAAAAAAAACCCCUAAACUGCCAAAAUCAUGAGGUAUAUUGUAUUUCUCACAGAUGCCUACGAUCAGGGAAGAAUAUUCUCAAACUUGCAGAUAAAUUCAUUUACAUAAUCACUGUAUAUAGUCCUGUACGUUCAAGCUGUGUUGGGCUGUGGGUCCGUUUUCUAACCAAUUGAAGACUAGUUUCACAGUAGCACCAAUACUAUGGGCAGCUUUGAUUUUUUUUUUUUGUGGGAAAUUCUUAUUGACACUUUUCUGUAUAGUCUGUCUCAGUUUUUGUGAGAUAAAUUUGUAUGCUUUAUAAUUUUUUUUAUUACAGCCUUUUUAUACUUUUUUACUUGGUUAAUUUUAACUUGAAUAGAAUUAGAUGUCUAAAACGGGGAAGUCAAAAUUCAUAAAAAGGUGGUUACCCUCUACGCAAUGCAUGUACUACAGGAUUUUAAAAGAUUUUAAAAUAAUGUUAUUUGCAGAAGAGAGCAGCUACCUUAGAAGGGAAAGUGUCUUGUUUUAAAGACACUUGUGAUUCUCUUGAUUGUCUUACUCUGUGUAUGUUUAUGGAAGAAAAAGCAUACUUUUAGAAAUGAGAAUUAAAAAGGCAACAUUUACACUA